AUGGAACAAGAAAUUUCAAAUCUCAAAGAAGAGAAAGAUCUACUUUCGAAGCUUCAUGAAGAUAAAGGACGAGAAAUUUUCAAGCUUAAAGAAGAGAAGGAAAAGCUUUCAAAGCUUAAAGAAGAGAAAGAACAAGAAAUUGAAAAACUCAAAGUGGAGAAUGAUAAUGAAAUUGGUCGCAUCAUAAAAACGAAAGAUCGGGAAAUCAUUCAAAUGCUAAAAGAUAAAAAGAUUGAAAUUGAGACAAUUAUUAAACAAAAAGAUGUCGAAAAAUCCCAGGAGUUACAAAAAUAUUCUGAAGAAUGCUCAACAUUUUUUGCAGAGAAGGAGAAACAAAUUUGUGAUUUUAUUUCAUCACUUUUGGAUGAAAAUGUAAAAAUUAUAGCUUACAUUAAGGAACGAUUAAAUUCACAACUGAAGAAUGGAAAUGUUGUGCGCAAAGCGCAAAACAUACCGCCAAAUAAGCCAAAUAGCUUAUUACAACGUGACAUUUCGAUACCCGAAAUUGAUUUUGAAAACCUAAAUUAA